AUGUGCCUACAGGCAUCAAAACUGUUGAGAUGCAAAUCAGGUGUUAUUUUUGCACCUUAUGGCCCUGUUUGGAAGCAACAGAGGAAAUUCUCUCUUGCAACACUGCGUCAUUUUGGGGUAGGAAGACACAGCUUAGAGCCAAAAAUAAUUGAGGAGCUGAAGUUUAUAAAGGAGGAAAUGCUGAAACAUGGAAAGGAUUCAUUUAAUCCCUUUCCAAUCAUUCGCAAUGCAGUAUCCAAUGUUAUCUGUUCCAUGGCCUUUGGGAAGCGUUUUAACUAUGAAGAUGUUGAGUUCAAGACGAUGCUGAAGAACAUGGCCCGGGCACUAGAGCUGAGUGUGAACAGCUCUAUGAUGCUGGUCAAUAUCUGCCCUUGGCUCUACUACCUUCCCUUUGGGCCUUUCUGGGAACUUAGGAAAACGGAGUUAGAUAUUACUGCUUUUCUAAAGAAAAUAAUUGCACAGCACAGGGAUACCCUGGAUACAGCAAAUCCCAGGGACUUCAUUGAUAUGUACUUCAUCCAUGCGGAAGAAGAAAAGAACAAGGAGAGCAGUUUUAAUGAAGAUUAUCUGUUUUUUAUCAUUGGUGACCUCUUCAUUGCGGGCACAGACACUACUUCCAACACGUUACUGUGGUGUCUGCUCUACAUGUCUCUCUACCCAGAAGUACAAGAGAAGGUUCAUGCAGAAAUUGAAGCAGUUCUAGGAUGUGACAAAAUACCCUCCCUUUCCCACAAGGCUCAAAUGCCUUUCACAGAGGCAACCAUUCUGGAAGUGCAGAGGAUGACUGCAGUUGUUCCCCUGUCUAUUCCUCGAAUGGCCUCAGAAACUGCUGUACUGCAGGGAUAUACUAUUCCUAAGGGCAGUGUGAUCGUUCCCAACUUGUGGUCAGUACAUAGAGAUCCUAACAUUUGGGAAAAACCAGAUGAAUUUCAACCAUCAAGAUUCCUGGAUGAAAAUGGCCAGCUAAUUAAGAAAGAGGCAUUCAUUCCGUUUGGAAUGGGUAAACGUGUGUGCAUGGGAGAGCAGUUGGCAAAAAUGGAGCUGUUCUUAAUUUUUGCAAGUCUAAUGCAAAGUUUUACCUUUUUGUAUCCUGAAAAUGAUGCAAAACCAUCUAUGGAGGGAAGGUUUGGUCUGACUUUAGCUCCAUGUCCGUUCAAUAUAAUAGCUUUGAAGAAAUAA